AUGAACCAAUCAGAUUUAUAUAAACAUUUAAUCCAUACAACAUUGACAUUAAAUUCAACAACAUUAUAUACUUAUGAGAAUCAUCNCAAGAUGAACCAAUCAGAUUUAUAUAAACAUUUAAUCCAUACAACAUUGACAUUAAAUUCAACAACAUUAUAUACUUAUGAGAAUCAUCAGUUAAUUCCAUUAAUCAACAAUUUAAACUGUUCAGAAAUAAUUUCACAAGAAUUAGGACUUAUAAAUGCAUCUAAAACAUUAGUUGGAUCAAUCCCAGUAUCUACCAAUACCACUUUAAAACUUGCAUUAUAUUUCAUGAAGAAGUUAUUUUCAAAUUCAGAUGGAAGUAGAGAUUUAAUUACCGUAGUUGCUAUUGCUCAUAAUAAUGUAAAUAAACCUUUGGUCUUGAAUAUCUUGAAGAAUAUUAUGGAUAAAUAUAUUGAAUUUAGAAAAAGUAUUGAUUCAUCUAAACCGGCUGGGAAUGUUGAUCAACCAAAGACUAAGCUUGGUGAGUUUAAACUAUAUAUGAAUCAAAUCAUUAAAUUUGAAGAAAUGACUUAUGAUUCCAAUCAAAAUAUAUACAAUUAUGGAGCUGUCAAUAAUGGUGAUGAAGGAAUAAGUGGUAAUGGUUCUUCUUCGGGUCAAAUCAAUCCAAAUCAAUUAUUAUUAGCAAAUGAAGAAGUAGACGAAGUGAGACAAUUAAUGCUUGAUAAUAUUAAUAAAUUGCUUAGUCGAGGAGAUAAAAUAAAUCUAUUAGUAGAUCAAACUGAUAGACUAAAUACAAGUUCCCUGGUAUUCCAAAGAAAAGCUCAACAAAUAAAGAGAAAGAUGUGGAUAAAUAAAGCAAAAUUCAUAUUAAUGGUUGCAGGUGGAGCAAUUAUGUUAUUGUAUCUAUUUAUUGGAAGUCAAUGUGGAUUCCCUAUAUUUGAUCAUUGCAUAAAUCCAUAA